GGCCGCUCCGGGGGAGGAGAGGGAGGGAGAGGUCGGGAAAAGAAAACAGCGAUGGCGGCGGAGAUCCACUCCAGGCCCCAGACCUCUAGACCUAUCCUGCUCAAUAAGAUCGAGGGCCACCAGGACGCGGUGAACGCUGCCGUUCUGAUCCCUAAGGAGGACGGAGUGAUCACGGUCAGCGAGGACCGAACCAUUCGAGUAUGGCUGAAGAGAGAUAGUGGACAGUACUGGCCCAGCAUUUACCACACUGUGUCAUCUCCAUGCUCUUGCAUGUCAUACCACCAUGAAAGCAGACGAAUCUUCAUAGGCCAGGACAAUGGAGCUAUUGUUGAGUUCCUCAUCUCUGAAGAUUUUAACAAGAUGAACCAUGUGAAGACCUACCCAGCUCAUCAGGGCCGGGUGUCGGACAUGGUGUUCUCCUUGCAGAGUCAGUGGGUGGUGAGUACAGGGCACGACAAGAGUGUGAGCUGGAUGUGCACUCAGAGCGGCUCCAUGCUGGGACGUCACAACUUCAGCUCCUGGGCCUCCUGUCUGCAGUAUGACAAUGAUACCCAGCAUGCAUUUGUGGGUGAUUACUCUGGUCAGAUCACUCUGCUUAAACUGGAGGCGCAGACAUAUUCCACCAUCACCACUCUGAAGGGACAUGAAGGCAGUAUAGCAGCUCUGUGGUGGGACCCUGUACAGAGAUGGCUCUUCUCUGGAGCGUCGGACCACAGUGUGAUUAUGUGGGACAUCGGUGGGAGAAAGGGUCGGACGCUGUUAUUGCAGGGGCAUCAUGAGAAGGUUCAGGCGUUGCGGUAUCUGAAUCUCACCAGGCAGCUGGUCUCAUGUUCUGCUGAUGGAGCUAUUACAGUGUGGAACAUGGACACACAGCGUGAAGAGGCUCCUCAGUGGUUGGACAGUGACUCGUGUCAGAAGUGCGAACAGCCGUUUUUUUGGAACAUAAAGCAGAUGUGGGACACAAAGACUCUGGGUCUCAGACAGCACCACUGCCGGAAGUGCGGAAAGGCCAUUUGUGGGAAGUGUAGUUCUAAACGCUCAACAUACCCGGUCAUGGGCUUUGAGUUCCAGGUGCGAAUGUGUGAUGACUGCUACAACACAAUCAAAGAGGAAGAUCGGACACCCUUGGCUACAUUCCAUGAGGGGAAGCACAACAUAUCCCACAUGGACAUGGACCCAACCAGAGGCGUCAUGGUCACCUGUGGAAGUGACCGCGUUGUUAAGAUCUGGGACAUGAUGCAGGUUAUCGGCUGCAGUAUAGCAACAGGCUUCUCUCGCUGAGGGAUUGGACCUGACACUCCUGAAGCUCCGCCCACACACUUCACCCACAGGGAAGCCCCACCCUCUAACCUGAGUCCUACCACUUUUCUCCCUGCAGUUCUUUUCCUGAUUUGAGCUGUGUGUACGAGUAUGUGUGUGUGUGUGUGUUUGGGGGGGGGGGGGGGGGGGGGGGGGGGGGUGCAGUAAAUGAGUGAUGUAUCAGGAAGGCUGUUUGUAUCCGUGACCGUUGUAUUUAUCAGCCACAGGAUCUAAUUUUCUGUGUAAUCAGACAUAAACUGAAGGUAUUUUUUAAGGUGUGUGUGUGUGUGUGUGUCUGUAUGUCUGUGUGCGUGGCUUUUGACACAGGUUCCUGUUGUAACAUGCAUGACAAAUUUCAUCUUAUUCUAUAUGUAAUUUUUUUGUCUCUUUCUGUCUCUGACUCUCGCCUCUCUCGCCUUAUACACGUCUCGACUCAGGGAAAGCGCACCGCAGUGUAAUGAAGCAGCGCAAGGAUUCGGCCCUAAUAGCGGUUACCAAUUUAGGCCUAGCGUCUCUCUCUGUUUCAGUAACAGAGAACAGAGUGGUGGUCACGACCCAUGAUGUAUUUACGGCCAAAUUCAUAUAUUUUGGACUGUUCUUUCGAUUUAUAGUUUGAAAACGAAUUCAAAAAAAUAAAUAUUAUUGUGAGAUUCAUAUAUAAUGAUUUAAAUCUAGUUCUAUUUUCCAUGGAUUUUUCAAAAGUCAAUAUUGUUGGAAACUUAAUGUGAAAUGUAAUUUUUGAAAUUUACUGAAAAUUGCAUGAAUUGUUGGGAAAUUCAUAAUAACAUAUUUUGGUGAAUUAAUAAAUAUAAUUGCUAUUGCAAAAUUAAUAUUGGGAAAUUCGUGGUAAAUUGAAUUAUUUUUUAAUUUAAGGAAAAUCUAUUUAUUGUCAAAUAAUCUAUUGGAAAAUAUUAUUAUUGACAAUGUCACAUAAUUAUUUUUAUUGUUGGAAUAUCAAAAUUCAUGGAAUCAUAAAUUACUGUUAAAAGAUUCAAGAAAAUCGAAUUAUUGUUGGACAAUUUGUGGAAAAUGUAAUUAUUGUAGCAAAAUGAAUUGAAAAUUGAAGGAACAUUAAAUAUGUAUUUAGUAGUUUAGGGACUUUUAAACUGAACCUUCUUUUAAACUCUCACAAAAAUAUAUAAAGUAGUCACUAGCUUCACACACUCAAAAAUCGGGGGGUUCAAUUCUCCAUCUAGGCGAGAGCACCAGUUCUGUACUGUUUGAGGGGCAUUGGGCAAAUAAAAUUUGCUUAGAGUUUAUUAAACAAAAUAUUUCAAUAUUUAUAUACUAUAUUUCUAUCACAUUAUUACUCAUUUGCUCCAGUUAAAGGUUAUCACCUCUCUUUUGUAGACAGAUUAUAGUCUUACAUGACCAGUUCAUCGUAUUAUCUGCUGCAGUUAGGUUACUGAUUAUCGAAUAUUGCAUCUGGCCUGAAGGUCUGUGUCGAUGUGUUGGUACGGUCAUUAAAUUAAGGGCAGGUUUUGAUGGAUUAGUAAUGGUAAAAGUCAUGAUGGAGAUUAUGGGGGAUCGGGGAUCGUGGGAUCGGAUUGUGGGUGGAUUUGGAAGUUUUUGGAAGCUCUGGAAAGACCACAUGCUUAGUGCUUUUUCUUGCCUGAUCUGUUAACACUACACUUAAACAUCUCUACCCAUCUCACCUCUUCACUUUAUUUCUCCUUCUUUCUGGUUGUGCAGUCUGUGUGUCACUGUGUUUUAACCCCUUGAACCUGAGGGGUGGCUAUUACAAGCAUUAGUGGCAUAAGAAUGAAUUAACUCCUGUAUUCUUCAGUGAUUCUACACGUACUGUCCAUCUUCUCAGCUCCACUUAUCAUAUAGAACACUUUGUAGUUCAAUUGAAGUAAUUACAGACCGUAGUCUUACAGCCUACAUACUAUUAUUACCCUCCUUUCACCCUGUUUUUUAAUACUCAGAACUCCACAGGAGAGAGAAAACCAUCACAGAGCAGCUAUUAUUAUUUGGGUGUUGGGUGGUUUAUUCUCAGGACUGCAGUGAUUAGCACUGAUAAGCAUGGUGGUGGUGUAUGAGGUGUGUGUUGUGCUGGUACAGUUGAGUGGAUCAGGUACAGCAGUGCUGCUGGCGUUCUUGAACACCUCAGUGUCACUGCUGCACUGAGAAUUGACCACCCACCAGAAAUAUCCAACCAGCAGCUAGGUAGGAGUGUCUUAAGAGUGGACAGUGUUAGAAAAUGUGUUUUUAGAAUUUUUGUAAAUUAUUUAAUCAGAUAAAUCUAAUUAGAACCGAUUUGAUUCUAUGAUUCAUUGAAUCUUCAUUAAUUCAAAUGAUUUUGGCAGAUUGCUACUUGUAGUUUCUGAAUGAUAAGUCAUGGGGUUCAAGGGGUUAAGCUCCUUUCUGUUUUCUGUUUUCUUUAUUAAGAUUUGUCCUGUUUUGCACUCUCUCUCUCUCGUACGUGUGCGUGCGUGCGUGCGUGCGUGUGUGUGUGUGGUAAAUAAGUAAGUGAUUUUUCUAAAACCAGUCCCUGAGAAAGCGAAGCACUAGCCUUACACAAGGCCUCACGUUGGCACUCUACGUUUGCUUAUAGAUUCCAUCUUCAUUCCACAAGACUGAGAUUAAUAUUCACACAUUAACAGUUUCUUUUUUUUUUCUUGUCUUUUUCUUCUUAUAAAAAGUUGCAUUAAAAUGGUAGCAUUAAUUUUUUUAAAGAAAUGACUGCACACUUCUUAAUGCCACUCUUGGUCAUGGAUUCUCCUGAGCUAGCAUGUGCUACCGAGUUAAACCAGUGGGAGGAGCCAUACCAUACCAAGUGUGUGUUUGUGUGUAGAUAAUGACCUCGCAGGAUCUUCUGUUCAGUAAGAAGGUUGAGAAGGUUGCAGUGCUGAGAAACACUUUUAAGAAGGAAUUUUUUUUUUUUUUUUUUUUUUUUUGUAGGGGUGGUGUAAGUUUGUCCAGUUCGGUUUACAAUAGACUUUAAAGUCAUUCUCGUCUUUUUCCCACUGCUUUGAUCGGACAGAGAACUGGGGCUGAACUGUAGGAAGUUUGUUCUGAACUUUAUGUAAUGUGUAAACUACAUUAAAUUAUGUAAAUUGUGUUAUUUGCUGUUUGAAAAUGUCCUUUUAAAUGGAACAAAUUCAUUAAGGCCCUCACACACCGGACACUUGCAUUGCUGUGAAAUCCUCUAAAAAAAAAAAAAAAAAAAAAAAAAAAAAAAAAAAAAAAAAAUAUAUAUAUAUAUAUAUAUAUAUAUAUAUAUAUAUAUAUAUAUAUAUAUAUAUAUAUAUAUAUAUAUAUAUAUAUAAUUUUUUUUUUUUUUUUUUUUUUUUUUUUUUUUUUUUAA